CACGUGACCUCGUUUGACGCUCUAAGGCACAGAACAUACCCUACCUGGUAUGUUCUGACUCUAAGGGCUCAAUGAGAUGCAGAAUGAACGUGUGUCCCGAAUUUGAAGUUUGUCAGUAAUUUUUUAUCACAGAAACAUACUCUAGUAUGAAAAGACAAAAUGUAAGAACAUUGUCUCUAGUUGUCUGUACUUUUACUUAUUUAUUAAUAGGAGCUGCAGUAUUUGAUGCUUUGGAAUCUAAGGAAGAAGAGAAACGAGAUACCCUUCUUAAAGUUUCUUCAAAUGCAAUUAAGAAAAAGUACAAUAUAUCUGAAGAAGAUUAUCGUAUGAUGGAACUAGUUAUUAUUGAAUACAAACCUCAUAAAGCUGGACCUCAAUGGAAGUUUGCUGGAGCUUUUUAUUUUGCUACUGUUGUUUUAGCUAUGAUUGGUUAUGGACAUUCAACCCCAGUUACAGCAGGAGGAAAAGCUUUUUGUAUUGGAUAUGCAGUAAUUGGUAUUCCUCUCGGACUAGUAAUGUUUCAGAGUAUCGGCGAGAGACUUAACAAGUUUGCUUCAAUUGUUAUCAAACAAAUAAAGAAAUAUCUUCAUUAUCAAAGAGUUGAGGCUACUGAGAUGAACUUGAUGUUUGCGACUGGCAUGUUAUCAUCAAUUAUUAUAACUACUGGUGCUGCUGUGUUCUCUCGAUACGAAGGAUGGUCGUACUUUGAUAGCUUUUAUUAUUGCUUUGUUACAUUGACUACUAUUGGGUUUGGAGAUUAUGUAGCUUUACAAAAUGAUAAUGCCCUUAUUGAAAGACCUGGGUAUGUUGCAUUGAGUUUGGUUUUUAUCCUCUUUGGUUUAGCUGUUGUUGCAGCUAGUAUUAAUCUACUUGUAUUACGUUUCAUGACAAUGAACGCCGAAGACAUUCGUCGAGAGGAUCAAGAUAUGCAAUCGUCAUCGCACCAUGUUUUAACUUUAGACGGAGAACUGAUGUCAGUGAAUGGGAGGUUGUUAUCAGGACAACCUUUGUUAUUAGAAGGUGAAUUAGAUCAGACGUCUGUAUGUUCAUGCAAUUGUUUGGGAUUGAACCACGCAGAGAAUGAUGAGCUCCUUUUGGAUGGCAGUUACUAUCCUUCGAAUUCUGUUUUAGGCUCUAGUUUCAGGAUUAAACGAGCAUCUGUUUGAUGAACGAAAAAAAUAUUGUCGUUCUCGUUUAAUGCUAAUUUUCUGAUGCAUUUUAUUACUAUUUAACAUAGUAAAGCAUCACAGAUACAUUGGAGAUUUAGUCUGGUUCACAAGUCACAUUUUGUUCAAAACCUGACCCGGAUCAUCAAAAAUUAUUAUUUUGGUCUCAUUGGGUCCGCAAUGGUAUGUAGAACAAACUAUCAAAAUUCCAAGAGGGGCUGAAAAAAAGUUAUAAAUAAUAAAUAAAAUGUAUAAAUAAA